AUGUUUGCACGCAACUUGAACUUGUUGUGCAAUCAAUCUACCAAUCAACUCAUACCAACAGCUUUCAGCAGGACAGUUGCUCCUCAACAAAUCUACCGCAGCAUGUCAUCUUCUCCAACAGCAGCACAGGCUUCGAAGUUAUCGGAAGAGGUAUGCGAGCCAUGCCGAAAGACCACUCCAGUCCUUCCCGCAAGUGAAUAUGACAACUUCAUGAAAGAUCUUCGACCGGGCUGGGAGAUUAAGCCAUUCAUUGGAAGUGGUGAACUUGGCGUUUUGCAAAGAUCAUUCACGUUUAAGAACUUUCGAUACGCAUUGGCAUUCACCAAUGCGGUUGGAACGAUUGCUGAACAACAGAAGCAUCAUCCGGAAAUUGUGCUCGGUUGGGGUCAUGUGGAGAUUGCAUGGUGGUCGCAUGCUAUCGGUGGUCUACAUAAGAAUGACUUUGUCUGCGCUGCCAAGACGGAUGAGGCUGCUGCUCAAGCUGAGGGACUGAAGAACACAGAAAUAUAA